GACACUUCAACAGUGUUUCAUCUCACAACAAGAGGACUCGACACUGAACAGGGUGAAGAUGCUGUGCUCUCAUGGAUUCCAGUCUGCCUUCAGUCCAUUCAUGGACGUCUACUGGCCUGUACGCAGUCUGUGGCCAGAGGUCAAACCUCUGCUCCACCAGCAGCAUCUGCUGCAGAGAAACCUGCAGGAGUUCCGCAGCAGUCUGGAGCUGAUGGACAAACUGGAGACGCCCGGCCCGGCCGUACGACCGCUCUCCUACCAGCUGGAGAAACAGGGAGAGCCCUUUGGCCUGACCCUGGACGCUGCAGGCUUUUCCCCAGAAGAGCUGUCUGUCAGGCAGGUGGGCAGGAAGCUGAGAGUCAGCGGGAAGACGGAGAAGAAGCAGGAGGACGAGAAAGGCUUCUGCUCUUACAAACGGCAGGAGUUCAGACGGGAGUUUGAGCUCCCCGAAUGGCUGAACCCUGAGGACGUCGCCUGCUACCUGGCUCCAGACGGGAAGCUCCACAUCCAGGAGGCCAAAGCUCCGCCUGCUGAGGAGGCAGACAGAGAGCUGACUGUCGAGAGGAGCUCGGAGGACAAAACACAGCAGCAGAGUGUGUGUUCACAGACAGAAGACAGCAGCACACAGGACACACCUGAAAACAUGGACUCAUCUUCAUCUUCUAACCAUGUAGCUUAAAUAUGUGUUUCAUAUAAGUGUUAAAUGAUGAUCAAAUGAACGUUUGUACACG